AUCCAGUAGCCAGUGGAGUCCUGUACUUUGUGGGUUCCCAGGAGGUCAUGGAGUUUUCAGAGCUGAGCCAAAGGGUCUUUAUGAAACAGUUCAGGCUACUUCAGGGAUGGCAAAUACAUUUCUUCUCACACACCAACUCUGAUGUACUGGAAGUGACUCCCCGAGUGCAAGAAGACCUGAGGAGGAGGGAAGCAUUAGGUACCUGGUACCCAGCAAAAGCCCAAUAAGCAAAGUUAUCAGUGGAAUUCCUCAAUGUGACAAAGGGCUGUAUGCGGGGUUCCUUGCUGGUACAACCAGGUCACAAGCCUAAGAAGGCUUGACGGGUGUGGCUGGCUCCCCCCCAUAGCCCUGCUCUGUUCCCGAUCUGGGCUUUGCUGCCCUGGUGUGGGCUGCUUCUCCUGGCUCUCUGCAGGACCUCCAGGCUCCAGGAAUUUGGACCGAGUGGUAGAGACAUCGCCGGCAGAGACGGCGAUCGCCAGCUUCCUCUCUGUGCUGUCUUGUGAUUCAAAGCAGAUUCUGCUCCACUUUUUUAAAAGGGGAGCACAUGAAUGCUGAAGACCCACAAGAACAGAAUCAAGCAAGGAAACGUGCAACAGUGAUACAAAAGUCCGUGAGUAAGUGGCUCAUUCAAGGUGAGCCAUGACAGGGAUUUGUUCAUGGGGAGCCCAGGGGCAUCAAGGUCUGAUUGCUGAGUGUUCUUGUGGGAAGUGGGAGGUUAUAGGAGCUGCAAGAACCCUAGGACUUAAGGCUUUCUCAAAUGACCCUGGGCUGGGCCGCACAGAGAGAGAGAGAGACAGACAGACAGACAGACAGACAGACAGACAGACAGAGAGAGAGAGAGAGAGAGCACUAUGUACCAAGGUCAUCCAAGCACUGCAUUGGUACUUGGCUGCAGGGAGGAAGGGUUGUAAAAAAAGAGGAUGCUAUUCUAUCUUGGACCUUUACCUAAAAUAGGCACCAUCAAGCUUAGUGGCCUUGCUUGCAAACUUCUACAGGAAGUGAUUUUGGACCUCUUCUUACAUCAGUCUGGUAUGAUACCACAGUUAGACAACUCAGCAAAAAUUGCUGCUGGCUGUAUGUGUGGCAUGGUCAUUGAAGACAUUUUUUUUUUGCUUUGCCUUUCUCUUCUCACAUUAUUUUCUACCUAAUGAUCUCACUUCUUUGGAAGAGUACCUUUCUGUGGUACGAGCUAUCUUUGUGAAAAUAUUCACUUUUAGAGACUAAUUUGCUGGAGACUCACGCAGAAUCUCCAGCUCACUCCCCCACUCAUGCAGAAUAACAAGAAUUCUGAUAUUCAAGGUACAAUUAGUUCAUGUAUCAAUAUUUUAAUGUACAUAGGUAGUCGCAUAUUUUAUAUACUGUUCAUAGAAGGCCAGGAUUUGAGUCACAGCCCUGUUUCUUUUCUCAUAUAAAUGAGUCACUGAGCCUCAAAGUUUCAAUCAUCCUCUUUAUAGAUGAAAUAUAAUACCAGAUACUACUAUGAUUGUUGGAAUGAUUAAUUAAUUGCAAAUGUAUGAAGUCCUCUUUAACAUAGUAAUUAUUUAUUACUAUUCCUGAUAGACACAUCACAGCCAUAAGCUGGCUAACUACCAAGAAAAAUGAGUAGGAUUACCUCGUACAUUUCUUUUCCCAUCAUAACACUUUUCUUCUGAUUUGACCAGGGCUUUGCCAAAGUCACACAUCCAGUAAGUGGCAGAAGUAGAUCUUCAGACCCACAGUUUGGCUUCCAAAGGACCACAGUGACUAUUUCUCAUGCUCAGACAAGAAGUUGCAGCCCUACAGCCCAGGCGCGUGGGCCUCAGGGAACCCUCGGCCUCCAUGCUGCCUUUCCUGGUCACCCUCUUCUUCCUUCACUCUUGCUUCCUCCAAACAAAUGGCCACCUCCGUGAAGGAAUGAUGUUGCUGAAGACUGAGUUUGCACUCCGCCUCUACCAGAGCGUGGCUGCAUGUAGAAAUGACACGAACUUUGUCAUCUCUCCCACCGGUGUGUCCCUCCCCCUGGAGAUCCUGCAGUUUGGAGCUGAAGGGAGCACCAGCCAGCAGCUGGCAGAUGCCCUGGGGUACACCAUCCAUGACCAAAGGGUGAAAGAUUUCUUGCAUGCUGUUUAUGCCACACUAUCCACCUUCAGGCAAGGUGGUGAGAUGGAGCUGGCCUGCAGCCUUUUUGUGCAAAUGGGAACGCCACUGUCCCCCUGUUUUGUGGAGCAGGUCUCCUGGUGGGCCAACAGCAGCCUGGAGCCAGUCGACCUCAGUGAGCCCAACAGCACCACCAUCCAGGCAAGCGAAGGGACCUCCGGACAGACUGCAGGUGAAGACCCCAGCGAGGGCCCUGGUGGCUGGCCAUGGGAGCAAGUCGGUGCAGCAUUUGCUCAGCUGGUGCUUGUGAGCACCAUGUCUUUCCAAGGCACUUGGCGGAAGCGAUUCUCUUCCACAGACACGCAGAUCCUGCCUUUCACCUGUACCCACGGCCUUGUCCUUCAGGUGCCCAUGAUGCACCAAAUGGCCGAAGUCAACUAUGGUCAGUUCCAGGACACUGCAGGCCAUCAGGUGGGGCUGCUGGAGCUGCCUUACCUGGCACGUGCAAUGAGUCUGUUCCUGGUGCUGCCCCGUGACAAAGACAUCCCCCUGAGCCACAUUGAGCCACACCUCACUGCCAGCACCAUCCACCUCUGGACCACCAGCCUGAGGAGAGCCAGGAUGGAUGUGUUCCUGCCCAGGUUUAGAAUCCAAAACCAAUUCAACUUAAAAAGCAUUUUAAAUUCUUGGGGAGUCACCGAUCUUUUUGAUCCACUCAAAGCUAACUUGAAAGGAAUUUCAGGCCAAGAUGGGUUUUAUGUUUCUGAAGCGAUCCACAAGGCCAAGAUUGAAGUUUUGGAGGAAGGCACCAAGGCAUCUGGAGCCACAGCUCUGUUGUUAUUGAAAAGGUCUCGGAUUCCUAUUUUUAAAGCAGAUCGGCCAUUCAUCUAUUUCCUGAGAGAACCUAACACAGGGUUUGUCUUCAGUAUUGGAAGAGUUUCAAAUCCCCUAGACUAAAUGCAUGUUAUCCACUUUCAUCGAUGCUUUUCUUCAUAAAGUUAUAAUUUCACUUUGCUAUACCCUUGAAAUUUAAAAAAUGUUCUGAUAAAG